AUGGCUUUUAAUAUUAAAGACUUGUGUCGAUUAUGUGCCAGGAAAAAUGAGUUUUCCAAAGAUUUGUUAGAUACCGCCAAUCAUAAUGUUCUCAAAAUGGUUCUAGGAUACAUAGAAAUAUCAAUUAAUAAUAAUGAUGACUUACCAUCUAAAGUUUGUAUAAACUGCGAAGAAAAAGUUACAUCUUUCCAACUUUUUGUUGUGGAGUGUUUGAAAGUACAGGAAACUUUAAAACAAAUGGUCAUAGAUAAUGUUUGUGAUGAAUCUAUAAUAAAAGUUGAACAAAGGAGUGAUAAUUAUUCAUAUACCUUACCAGAAAUUAAAUCUGAAAUUAAAGAUGAAUUACAAGCUGAUGAAUUGAUAAGGGAACUGAACAGUAAUGAUUUAUUAGUUGAAAUCCAGGGUCGUGACUUAAAUAAUGAUACAUAUGAUAGUGAUGUUGGAAGUGAUUUGAGUGAUGUAGCACUGGCCACACUGAAGGAGGCUAAGGAUGAAAAGAAAAAUAAAAUAUUAACGGAGGAAGAGGCCAAUAUAUUUCAAAAUGUUUUAAAAAAACGACACCUGACUAUAAAAGAUUUUGUCAAAUUACAAUGUGAAGAAUGUGAAAAUUAUAUGAAGACUUGGACGGCUUUGUGGUGUCAUUAUUAUAAUAUACACAAUACGAGGCCAUACUUGUAUUGUAUAUGUGGAUAUGUUAUAAGAACAAAGACGGCUUUAUACAGACACGUGUCCACACAUAAGGAGGAAGCAAGGAAGUAUAGAAAAACAGAUAUAGGAACAGAACAACAGAAUGAAAAGUACUCCAAUUAUAAUAUCCAUGAUUUUGUUAAGUUUACAUGUUUAAUAUGUGAAAGAGAGUGUUCAAGUUGGUACACACUGAAGGCACAUUGUGAAAGAAUUCACAGGAUCAAGCCGGAGGUCCGAUGUGUGUGUGGAGUUAGUCUUAAGUCCAAAUCAGUAUUGUACAAACAUGUACAGGAUCAUAAAAAUCCUGAUGUGAUAUGUUGUGAUAAAUGUCCAAGAAUAUCAAAGUCUGAAGCUGCGAUGGCCAAACAUAAAUUAAGACACAUACCAAAGUCAGAAAGGAAGUUUAAUUGUAAUUCUUGUGAUAAAUUCUUUAAUUCAAAGGAACUUUUGAAAUCCCAUGCGAAAUCUCACAUACCUAUAGAAGAAAGAAAAAUAUACCGUUGUGAUAUAUGUUUCUUAAAGUUCACAACUAGUUCUUCAUGCGCGUCUCACAAGCGUGUAGUACACGAUAAGAUCAAGAGCUACGUGUGUGACCUGUGUGGGUACGCGUGCGGCACCGGCGGGGAGCUCAGACAACACAGGGCCAUACACAGCGAGGAUAAACCGUUCACAUGCACGAAGUGUUACAAGUCUUUCAAGACGUACUCCAAUUUGAAGACUCACUUGGACACUCACGACGACACGUCGUACGCGUGUCACGUGUGUAACAGAGUUUUGAACAGUCGACGGACGCUGAGGAAACACCUCCUGGUGCAUGAGGACAAGUGUCAACACGUCUGCUCCUAUUGUAACAAAGCGUUCAAGAGACGGCAGACAUUAAAGGUUCACAUGCACACACACACCGGGGACAAGCCGCUCAGCUGUAAGUGGUGCGACGAACGGUUCUCAUACGCCUCCACGCUCCGCUCGCACCGUUUGAGAUGUCACCCGGACAAAAUGGCGGCCAGGUACCCGCCGUACCACCUUCCACAGGAGACAAACGAUAAUCUUACGGAUGUAAUUGAAGUAUCAUCUAGUGUCGCCACUCUUCCUAGUUCCAUGACGUCGACAUUUACUAAGCUUAUCCACUCAACUGCGUCUAGCGUAAAGCCAUUAGGGGCGACAGAGCCUCUCAGAACAGCUACUCCAACAACAAAGGAAAGCGUUAAAACAACGAAAGAAUACACCACCGAGAGCCCAACCACAUCACAAAAAGUUACUACUCAAGCAUACGUGAAUACAAAGGGUACACUUAAAAGCUCAAAAACGCCAAAGUUAAGCACUACAAAUAGUACAAGUCACUCUAUAACGCAAUUGCAAGAUCGCUUGGGGGCUAUAGACUGUGAUUUGCCCGUAUUGCCGAGGGAAUCUCGGCUCUGGCGAGGCAAUGAGACACACGAGCUCAAUUUACCCGUCACGGAGUGUGUUGGCGAACACAACAGAGGUGAGGAGGAGUGUUCUUCGGUCAUCGUGUCGUGGGAGGGGGUCGCAGCCAUUCAAAGCGGAGAUAUUCUUAUCGUUCGCAUCGCUGACUCGUCUUCUAUUGAAACCUAUAAUACUAAGAACGAAACCAUGGACGCGAACUCUUCACACACCGCUGAGAAGAGAACUCAUAUAUCUGUUCAACCGGCGGUGUACCAAGUGACACGGCAGGGGCACGAACACUGCGAUGUAUCCGAUGGAAUGCUACUCGAUAUAACGCCUCUAGAUGAGCACGGUGCCAAAAUAUUUACGUUAUACGACAAAGAUCUGACUGAAGGCGUUAAUUUACUCAUAGUUGUAUCGGAAAACUGGGGAUCACAAUGCGUUCGUCUGAAAGUUACCGUGAAAUCGGAUAACUGCGGAGAAUCUCAAGAAUGUUCCGGGAAAGGCGUUUGUUAUACGAACGUUUCGAUGGAAGGUUAUGAGUGCCAGUGUUGCCGUGGGUACGUCGGUUCUCAUUGCGAGGACAGGGAGGUUUGCAAUCCAUCACCCUGUUUGAAUAAUGGCAUAUGUGUUGACCUCACGCAACCUUCGAACGGUGCCACCUAUCACUGCCUAUGUCCAUACGGUUUCACUGGAAGAAAGUGUGAGAAGGAUCCAUGUUAUUCAGCACCCUGCCUUAAUGGGGGAUCUUGUAUGAGUAUGGCAAUGAAUGGGUCGACUACUUUCCACUGCGCCUGCACUGAUGACUGGACUGGCGCUCACUGUGAAAUCCCAGCUACAGGCGGCGUCUGCGCAUCAAAACCCUGUGUUAAAGGAAUAUGCAUUGAACAAUUAGAUGGCGACGUGGAUGAUGUUAAAUAUAGAUGCUUCUGUGAACCAGGUUACACUGGUGAUCGUUGCGAGUUGGAGUACAACGAGUGUGAAUCAUCUCCUUGUGCUAACGGAGGCUCCUGUACUGACAGGGUCGGUGGUUAUGACUGUUCAUGCACUCGGGGAUAUACUGGCGAUAACUGCCAACUGAAGGUUGACCUUUGUUCACCCAACCCUUGUCCAACCCAUCGCUACUGUAUGGAUCACGGCAGUAGUUACACAUGCGAGUGUCCCAGCGGGUUCGUUGGCGAAGAGUGUCACAUACCGGCCACUUCGGCAUGUGAUAACAACCCAUGUGCUCACGGCGGUACGUGUUGGAGCGGUGUCGACUCAUUCUACUGUUCAUGCCGGCCAGGUUACACGGGGAAACUCUGCGAAGAGGACUUCAUUCUGGAGUCAGUGGUGGAUGAGAGUGAGAGAGAAGAACAGUCUGGAGGAGGUUCAGUGCGGGAGAUGAGACUACCAUUAGGCUUGUAUCACGACCGACUACACAAUGUAUACAUCGCUGCCGGAACACUGGGCGCUGCUAUCGCUAUUGUCGGAGUUGUGGUAACAGCAUGUCACUGUCGUGUGAACAAGACCUACUCGCGCCUCAUGUCCCGUUUGUCCCGUGUGACGGAGUCAGGUCCGCCACAUCACUGGUUGGAAGACAAGCGAGCCCCACCAGCACCCCUGCCUCCAACUCUUGACACCACCGACAUGUACUACACCCUCGACUUCAGCGACAGUCAGAGCUCACCGCUCAUACAAUAG